CCAGAUCUCAACGGGCUAUAGGGCAAACUUGGUACUUCAGAGUCGCCUUUAUUCGGGUAUCUGUCAUUGGGGCCCUGCGACUCGCGACUCGCUAACGAAACCAGCUGGUCGGUGGAGCUUCCAAAAAGUCUUGGGGCGCAUGCGUGCGGAGUGCGAGCGGAGGAGAAUGGCCGCAGUGGCCCAAGCGGGGGCGAGAAAGUGUAUGUGGCGGCUCUAGCGAAAUGAAGGAAUGUCGAGCGUGUCAUUUGUUGAAUUGCUCGUAAUGUCACAUCCCUGCAGCUCACCCUCGAUCCCUCGAUCCGCCAUAUUUCCACCCCGGCCGACGCGUUGGACUGCUGAUUUAUCCCGGGGACGUCUUAUAAAGGUGGCCUUUUCUUUUUACACUCCUCUCGUCUCACACUCUCCUCGGCUCUCCACCCAUCCCACGACCCCCACGCCGCGCCAACGACCAACGUCCAACUCUCAACACUCAACGCCCAACGCCAACGCCAACGCCAACGCCCAGCGCCGACGCCCGACGCCGACGCCCACGCCCAACGCCAACACCCAACGCAACACUCAACACUUAACGCCCUACGCAACACUCCACACAUCUCCAAUGAACGACUUCCUCCGCGACUGGGACGGCAACAUCCAAGGCUGCGCCUACUUUGUCGUCGACAGCCGCGCUGUCGAGUGUUACCGCUUCUACAUUGUCACGGACGGGUGGGAGGGCGGGUGUGUCGCCACGCAGCUCGAGUCGUUCGGGUUCAACUGGAAGAAGUUUGUGCGCGAGAACGAAGACCUGCUCAAGUACGACGUGUCGCUGCCAAACCGCACGCCGCGGAGCCUGUGGAUCGGGCCCCUCGUCUCCGCCUUCCCGCGCUUCGACAAAGCGUCGCCGCUGUACCGGCGCCCGAAGCAUGCGCGCAAGCGCUCGCCGCCGUACCGCUCGCGCCGGCGUGUCCCGCGCUCCCGCGUCCCGGUGCAGCGCUACCACAACCUCGACAUCCACAACCCAGACCACUGGGCCAAGUGCUGGUCGCUCAAGUACGGACCGUAUGGCCAUCUGCACGCAGACGAGACUGACGAGUCCGACGAGUCCGACGCGGACGUGUCCGACGACGACGCGGACGUGUCCGACGAGACGCCCAACGACCGCUGGGACGGUGCCCUCGGCGAGGCGGUCCGCAUUCGGGAGCCGAAUGCGAGAAAUCACCGGGAGACGUACGGGGACAACGGUCGGGACGAGUUCGACUCGGACUCGGAGUCCGAGGCCAUCGAGACCGAGUCCGAGUGCGAGUCCGAUGCCAACGCCGACUCGGAUUACGAGGACGACUACGCCGCCCGCGGCGCCCGGGGCCGCGGCCGCGGGCACGGCGGUGGGCAGGGCAAGCGCAAGCGCGCGGCCAGCCCCCCGCCGCACGCGCGGUCCGGCGACACGACGCGCCGCCGCGCGGCCGACCGCCCGAAGGACGUCGGCCCUCCCGUGCGCCCCAACAAGCGGCGCCAGUCCGCGAACCGGCGGGAGGCUCGUGAGACGGCUCCCGCGCCCGCCCCCGCGCCUGCCCCGCAGCGCCGGGUGCGCAAGCGUGCGGGCGGCCCCGCCCCCGCCCCCGCCCCCGCCGCUGCGCGCGCGCAGUCGCGUGCUGUGAUCGUGUACAUCCGCGCGCCGCCCGGCGGGGUGCCGACGUUCACUGUCCCCGAGUUCGAGGCGGGCAAGGAGUACCACUUCGUGUACGAGACGGUGGGGUCGCGGACCGGCACGCGCACGCGCGCCGCCGACGCGGACGCGGGCGAGGACGACGACGCCGACUUUCUCGAGACGAUGAUCAAGCAAAUCGGCCGCCGCCUCGAGCGCGGCCCCAAGGUCAAGCUCCUGUUCGUGGGGUGCGAGAAGUGGCAUGCGGCGCGGUCGGCGCGCGCCGUGCGCGCUCGCAAGGGCCGGCGCGCGGUCGAGGCAUACUGCCGCGUCCUGUUCCGGCAUGCGGCGGACAUGGUCGAGCUGCGCGGCGGCGCGGGCCGCCUCCCCCACGGCGUCGAGGAGAUUGUCGACCUGCUCGCGUUCCAGUCCCAGGACGAGUAUGACGAGAACUGGGCCGUGUGCAUUCCGAAAUAA